AUGGCAUUUGUGAUAAACAGUUCUAUUACCUUUUUUAAAGAAAUUCAAAUAAAAAUAUUAGAAGUAAAUUCCCUUUUAUUUAAAGAGUACAGUGGAAAUAACAAAACAAGACAGUCUUCAUAUGCACAUCGACCAUAUCAUUUCAAAGGAAGAAAAUACAAUAAAAGGAGCAAAAGUGGGAUGUCUAAUAAUAAAUACAACGAUUUGGAUCAACUGGUGAAAAAAAUUAUCCAUUCUACAAACUCAAGUGAACUAUCCAAAACGAUACAGGAGAUUGAGUCUAAUAAGGAAUAUAUUACAGAAGUACAACUGAAAAAACUUAAAAAAAUGCACGAUACAUCGUUCAGAUUAAAAUGUGUAACACCUACACAGGAGUUAUAUGAUAAAUAUUUGAAACGGAUGGAAAAAGAUGGAAAUCUUCAAAAUAGAGCUGCUGAAAUUGAUCGAGAUUUACGUAUCAUCGAAACUGCUUUGGAUAUAAUCAAAGAAAAAUAA